GUCUCUGAUUAUAAGCAAAUGACUGUCAAAACAAUGGAUUCUAAACGAAUAUAUAAACAUUUUUCAGAAUUUCCUGGCGGAAUAGUAAUGUUCGAUACGUUCUAAUCAAAAAUGGAAUCGUGGUCAAAUUUAUGUCGAUGCUGUCUUUCGCCGGACACAACAGUGUCAAUAUUAGACAACGAUGAAAAUAUUAAAGAAAAGUUUUUGGAAACAACAUCUAUUGAGGUAACAGAAGACGACAGGCUACCCCAAAGGCUGUGCGACUGUUGCUUUACCAUAAUGAAAUCGGCUCAUGAAUUCAGGGAACAAUGUUUAAAAAUGGAUAAUGAAUUAAAAACACAACUCAAUACCAUUCCUGCUGAUGUAAAAGAUGAGUUACUGUCACAGAUUGAAAAACAUAUGAAUUCCAACCAAAAUAUGAGCGACGAGGAUAAAACAAAGGAAUCUAUGAAGAAAUUGGAAUCCAUAAUUAAAACGGAACCUAUGGAUGAUGAUGAUUAUUAUUAUGUCUUAGUUAUUGAUGAUCCUAAAGAUGGAGAUGAUAAGAAUGAUAAGAAACCGCUGCCACUUCCAGCUCCUAUUAAGAAAGAAGUUGAGUAUGAAGAGGUCAAUAUUUGUAUAAACGAAGAUUCAAAUUCACAGAAUGCAGAUACAAAUGAGAAUGUCAUACAAAAUGAUUCCUUGCAGAGCUGUAUCGAUUCAUUCUUAAUAUCAAACACAAAAGUCUCAGCUAGUGUUCCGGAAACUAUUUUAGAAAAUGAGGAAGGGCAUGAAAUUGAAGUUGAUUUUGCAAAUGCAUUGGAUAUUGUAGACACAAAUGAAGACCAACUUAUUACAAUUGACAAUACCAAUGACAAAGACAAUCCUAUAACUGUUACUCUUGCAGAUGGAGUCAAAGAGUACAAUCCAAGAAAUUUAAUCAAAAUCGUCACUCCAUCUGGUCUUGAAAAGACUAUUCUACUGAAAAAUGACGAAAGUGUUAAAUAUUUAACAGCAACACAAGAGGAAUCAAAUGUAAAUGACGAUAAUAUGUCACAAGAAGAAAUUAUAUUAUGUGAGGGUGAUGACAAUUCACAGUUUCAGAUAUUGAAAGUUGACGGUUCAGAAUUUGUGAUUGAAUACACAGAUGAGGGACAAAUAGCGACUGUACUACAACAAGAGGAUGGGACGUUCCUUUGUGAUUGUGGGGAGGUGUUUGAAGAUCUAGCCGAGUUUGAGAAACAUCAAUACAAACACAACCCAGCGGGUGAACAUUUAUGUAAUCUGUGUGGAAAAGGUUUUGAAACAGCAGAAAUAUUAACUGGCCAUACACUACUCCAUCGAUCAACAGGACCGGUAGUGUCUUGUCCAUUCUGUAAUCAAGUUGUGAGACGAAAUGCGCUAACCCAACAUAUAAAAUACACUCAUAACACCAAGCCUCAGUGUGAGAUUUGUCAAAAGACAUUUGCUAAUCAGAAUAACUUAAAACGACACAUGAUAAUACAUAGCGGAAUCAAGGAAUUUGUCUGUGAUAUAUGCUCGAAACGGUUCAAUCAAAAGAUAACAAUGCAAACACACAGACUGACACACAUCAACUCGACAACUUGUAAUUUCUGCGACACAGUGUUUGAAGACAAAGCUGCCUUAACAUUGCAUAAAGAAUCUGAUGAAUGUACAAGAUCGAAAAUCAAUCGCGUCAAAGAAGAACUUAUGAAAACGGUAAGGCAAGAAGUAACAACGAAUUUGGGAAAACUUUUAGGUUAUGCAUGUUCCAUAUGUAAGAAAAUGUUCUCACUGGAAUCAGCGUUGGACCAGCACAUAGAAAAAACGCACAUUAUAGAGAGGUUGGAGGAUAAAAAGGGUAAUAAACAAAUGAAGAGGUUUGAAUGCACAAUAUGCGGCAAGAGAUGUGCGAGUCAAGCGAUGUUGAUAAUGCAUGAGCGAGUUCACACAAACGAGAGGCCGUUCCCUUGCCAAUUAUGUUCACUGCGGUUUAAAACCAAGACUCACUUAAGAACACAUCAAUUAACGCAUACGAGAGAGAAGAAGUUUGGAUGCUCAGUUUGUAUGAAGUUCUUUGCGUUAAAAGGAAACUUGGUCGUACAUUUACGCACUCACACGGGAGAGAGGCCUUAUGUGUGCACAAUUUGUGACGAGGCAUUUAUCGACUCUAAAUAUUUGAAGAAACACAAAUUGAGAAAACAUUCAAUUGAUAAUAUGCCUUGGAAUAAGUACUAAACAGGUUUUAGAGAAGGUUGAAGAAUGUUUUCGAAUUAUGUUCGGAGAUGGAAUUUUGUUUUACUAGUAACUAAUGUUUACAGCGCAAAGCGUAUUGUAUAAGUAACACAUAUAAAAGUCUUCAACUUCAGACCUCAAAUAAAAUGUAUUGCAAUAGAUAGUUAAUAGAAUAAAUAGUAAUACAUUGUAAUGCAUUAGUUAGAUAGGCUUUUGGACUGACGAUUUAUGCGAACUUUUAUAAAUUUUAAUAUGUAUAAAAAUGAAUCCCAAAAUGUGUUGGUAAGCGCAUAACUUGAGAACGGCUUAACCGAUUUCGUUAAUUCUUUUU